UGCGGAAAAAAAUUCACAAAUAGAAGAUUUCUGAUGAACCAUAUACGCCGGCACGAUGGAGUGAAGUCGUAUGCUUGUAAUUUUCCAGACUGUGGGAAGGCAUUCAGAAACUCAUACCACCUGAAGCGACAUAAUAAAACCCACUCCGGAGAAAAGCCAUUUGAAUGUGGCAUUUGUAAAAUGUGCUUCUCCGAAACAAGAAAUCUCAGAAAACACAUGAAUAUUCAUACUCGAGAGGAACACGUGUGCAAGAAACCGGGAUGCGGAAAAAUAUACACAAAUAGAAGACAUCUGAUGAACCAUAUGCGCCAUCACGAAGGAGUGAAGUCGUAUGUUUGUAAUUUUCCAGAAUGUGGGAAGGCAUUCACAACCUCACACCACCUUAAACGACAUAAUAAAACCCACACCAGAGAGAAGCCAUUUGAAUGCGGCAUUUGUAAAAAGUGCUUCUCAGAAACAGGAAAUCUCAGAAAACACAUAAUAAUUCAUAGUCGAGAGGAAAGAUUCAUAGAAGAAAGUGAAGUCUGGAUCUGGAACACGUGUGCAAGAAGCCGGGCUGCAGAAGAAUAUUCACAAAUAGAAAAUAUCUGA